AUGCGACAAGGCAGUCCGGCCCCCUGGUCGAAGCCAUUGAUUGACACUCCUAAGCCACGCAUCGAGGGUAAGGUGGAAAUCCGCCCCUGCGCCGGUAUCACAGCCCCCGUCAACGUCUCACUCGUCACCAUCUCUCUCCUCCGUCGCGAAACCAUCCAUCCCUCGGCCGACUCCGUUGCAAAGAAACGCUUGGCACCGCCGCGCAAAGAGAUCACGGACAUCGUGGGCAAGGAGAUGCUCCUGUUUCGAUGCCCAGCGGGAAGGGAAUACGAAGAGGUGAUCUCCAUGGACUUGCCUUUUGUCCUCUUCAUCCCAUUUGGCCGUGGGGGCCGCGAUGCCUCCCGCCGUGUUCCUCCCGCCAGUGUGCAGCUUCAAAGUCGGACCGCUGAGACAUACUACGAAAUGGUGGUGAUGGUACAGCAGGGCCAGCAAGAACAGCGCAAAUACACCUUUCCCGUCCCCAUUGCGCGGUACGACACACUAUCCACUUUCGGCAUGUACAAUCGUCCCGAGUCCGCGGAACGGGUAUCAGAUCAUUUAGUCACCUUGGCCAUUUCGGUCCCACGGUGGUCUUACGGGCCCCUCGAUCCCGUCAGUGUCUAUGUGAAGCUAUCCCCGAACGAGAGCUGGAUGGGCAAGGCGCGAAAAGUCACCAUUAGCAAAAUCACCAUCGGCAUCGACGAGGAGAUCAUCUUCAACCACGAAGGCGACGAGCCCCAGCGCAAAGUGAAAGUCCUGGCCAAGAAGACAGAAAUCAUUGGCGUGAAACUUCCACAAUCUGGCUAUCUCACAAAUCUUGGAUUAGUAUUCCCCGCCAAGGAUCUGCGUGAUGCCGAGGGCAUCUUGCCUAGGAACCGAGCAGCAUUCCCCACAUACGGCGUGAGCGGCUUCACCACCACAGCCAGUCUAUAUAAAAUCGAGUACUACCUUACGGUCCGAGCCCACCUAACCUCCGCCAGAGACAUCACUAUACGUCAACCAAUAGUGGUCUGUCCACUCGACCACGCCGGCUGCAAAGAAGAAAUGGAGGCCAUCGAACAAGCCGCCCGGGAUGCUGCCCACAUCAAUCCCGACAACCCAAUGCUACCUCUUCCCGCAAUAGUGCGACCCAACGACCUCAACGCCCUGAGCCACCUGGGCUGUGCAAUCGUCGGUAACCAGAAGAAACCGCUGAUCGAUUGA